CCUUUUUGUAUUUGUCUAUAUCCUAUAAUAAUUUUGAAAGUUGAAUUGAAAAGGCACACGGGCUCGCUACCCUAAAAUAUUCAUUUAUCAGCAAUCUACAUGGCUUGCGCGACGUUCUAACGCCAUCGCCACUUCGGAGUCGCGACUUUUGCGAUGCGAUGAGUCUUUUGGCUGCUCCAGUCAGUCUCUUAACAGUUUGAAGGGCAGGGCAAGGGAUCCUUGUUUCUCUGCUACAUCUUCUGAAUCUCUGUCAGGGUCCUCAACUUUGCCAUCCCUUCUGGCCCGGUCUGCAUUUUUCUGAUACCCCGCAACACUUGGGGUAAACACUAUGGCACCAUUACUAGGAAGCUGGACACCACCAGAGACCAGCGGGUUUCAAUGUCUAAGCAUCGAACGCAAUUCUGCUAGAAAGAGCAUUCUCUACAUCGACGCUUACGACUCAUUUUCCUACAAUGUAGUCGCCAUGCUCGAAGAAGUUAUCAACGUCAAGGUCACCGUGAUGACAAUCGACUCGGAAUGGCCAGACGGUAACAUCACAGAGUUCCUGCAGCAUUAUGAAGCUGUGGUCCUCGGGCCUGGGCCGGGAGAUCCCCAGGUUCCGAAAGAUGUCGGUAUUAUGAAGGAUAUCUGGAACCUUGGCGAGGCAGAUAUGUUGCCUGUGUUUGGGAUCUGUCUAGGGUUUCAGAGUUUGUGUCUUCAUCAUGGUAUUCCUAUUGGGAGGUUGCCGUAUCCGUUGCAUGGUCAGGUCCAUCGGAUUUCUACGGCGGGGGAGGAUGUUUUUGAUGGGACGUGGGAUCUCAGGGUUACGCUUUAUCAUUCGUUAUAUGCUAAACUGGACAACUGUGGGGCUUCGGUUGAAGGCCAGAAUGGUUUUUCAAAGCUUGGCAGCGAGCUUGAGCUGCUCGCUUGGUUAUUCAUCGAUAGCACGGAGACUGAUACGGGAGCGCAGAUUCCCAUGGCUACUCGCCACCGGAGCAAACCGUUUUGGGGAGUGCAAUUUCAUCCAGAAUCAUGCAAAUCCGACAGGGAGGCUUGCGACCAAUUACUCAAAAGAUGGUGGGAAAUGGUUCUGAACUUCAACAAAAGGACCGGACGUGGGGGUUAUGGAACGCUUCCCGAUACACUCGUUACCCGAUCAGAUGAUGUGGCUUCUCUUCCGGAUGUUGCGUUUACGAUGCUGAAAUGGAGUGCUUCUACAUCAAGGAAGUCUGCCUAUCGAGCAUUCUCACGGGCUGAUUUAACCGCGGAAGCGAUAUGCGAAACGCUCAACACUCCCAGAUCGCCAACUGUGCUAUUCCAGUCCAAUGGAAGAUAUAGUAUCAUAUCUGUUCCAAGUCCGGGAUCAUGGCGACUUGGAUACUACAGCGCUUCUGGGAAGUUAUUACUGGAAGACUUGAGCAACCGCGGCGCAACGAAUUGGCGUGAAGACACGACGCUCGUUGAGAAGUCACUGUCGGUAUCACAGUUCUGGGAUGCAUUGAGAUAUCUGAUGGAGAUGAAGAAGGUCGACAAUGGUGACCAUACUGUUCCUUUCUGGGGAGGAUUCCUAGGAUACUUCUCCUACGAGAUGGGCCUUGCUUGCCUUGCACGCCCAAAAGAUGCAGAAGGUAUGCAUAAUGGCUUUCAAGGUCAUUCUUCGGGAAAUGCAGUCACGGAGGACCCUGCGGAUGCCAGUCUUUUGUGGACUGACCGGAGUAUUGUCGUUGACAACCAGACGGGUCGAGUCAUUGUUCAGUCGACUCGGGAAUCGGACGACGUGCCAGCUGGCUGGCUUGAUCAGACACUACACUUGCUCAAUGAGCUCUCAACCGCUAAUACCCUAAAUGGCGACGACAAUAUCAUCGCGGAUGAUAUGCAAACCCUGGACUCCAUCCUCAACCAGGGCGAAAUUACUUUCCCCAGUCCGCAGUCUUAUCUCAAGCAAGUGGAAGAUUGCAAAGCUGAGCUGGAAGCCGGCGAAUCAUACGAGCUAUGCCUGACCUGCGAAACGUCAAUUGCAUUACCAUCUCCGAAUACUGACAGCGGCCGUGCGAACUUUCCCUGGAAGCUAUACAAGCGUCUGAGGAAGUAUAAUCCCGCAGCGUUCAGCGCUUACGCAAAACUCGGAAACGUCAAGAUCGUGAGCAGUAGCCCCGAAUGUUUCCUCAACUGGGACCGAGAAUCGACACUUGAAAUGAAACCGAUGAAGGGCACGGUGCGCAAGACCGACGAUAUGAACAUGGAGAAGGCCAGGGAGAUUUUGGGCUCAACAAAGGAAGUAGCAGAGAAUCUCAUGAUCGCUGAUCUAAUUCGCCACGACCUGUACGGGAUCUGCGGCUCCGGUAAUGUGUACGUUGAAAAGCUCCUCGAGAUCGAGGAUCACGGACGAGUCUUCCAAAUGAUCACCCACGUCAAGGGCGAUGUCAAUCCACGCCGACUCGGUCCCGCGGUGCGGAACAUGCCGCAACUCCAAACAUCAAAUAUGGCCGUCCACGGUCUCACGGCUCUACAAAGAUGCCUCCCUCCUGGUUCAAUGACCGGAGCACCCAAGGAACGCUCAUGCAUGCACCUUAGCUCGAUAGAGAAUCGGAAGCGUGGAAUCUACUCUGGUGCCAUGGGAUACCUCGACCUUGGAGGUGGAGGAAGCUUUUCCGUCCUUAUCCGCACUGCCUUUACAUCCUCUGAUGAUAAGGACGAGAAGCAGUUAUGGCAGAUUGGUGCCGGCGGAGCAGUGACUACUCUCAGUACUGCUGAGGGCGAGUGGGAUGAGAUGUUGACGAAGUUAAGAACUGUUUGCAAUAUCUUUACGCCUUUGGAUUCGGACGGCCGAGGGAAGUCGUAAGGUCUCUAUACUUCCAUGUCCAUGUUUCAUCAUGUCUUUCUUCUUUUAUUUUGUUACACUUCGGGCCGGCUUCAACAUUUACAUAUAUUUGCAUUGGGAUAGAUGAUAGAGAUUCGAUUCAACAUUCAGCGCUGGGGUUAUGGGAUUGGUUUUAUUGUUUAUUUCAUGGCAUUGUAUAGUUCGCAUCCUGAUAUAUAUAUUUCUUGCUACCUUCCUGUAAAUGUAAAACUCUCAAGCCAAC